UCCUCUUCUCUUGGCCCGCCCGCCUAUCAGCAGCAUUCUAGAGUCUACCUUACUCUCGAGUCUCUCUUGCCGCUUGCUCCAGUUCUCCUUGCCGCUUGCAAGUGGACUCGCGUCUCUGCGCCCUCAGGUCCCUAUCGACGUCCCCGCCUAAACGUCACCCAUCACUCAUCCUUUCCCAAUCAUGGCCUCCCCACUCUCUCCGCUGCUACCUCGUCUAGCUCACGCCCUGUCUCGCAUAAGCACGACGACAGCCCGUACCAUCGCAUCUCCGCCUACUCAGCCGCGAAGAGCUUCUGUAGCGCUGCUUUUGCGCGUCAGACCGUGUGCGGAGGAUGAGCAGCGUUUGAGCGAAGAGUACGAUGCGGACGGAUUACCUUUGCCUGGAAGCGAGGGGGCUAGAAUGUUGCUGGAAGGCGCAUCGGGCAUCGAUUCCGCUCGACCUGCCUCGAGUGAAGAAAAGUCGGAAUCAGCAUCGCGAUUGCAACCAUCUCAAGUCGACUUGGAUGCGAUGGCACAAAGCUCUCAGCUGGGAGAGAGCUUCACAAGCAGCUUGUUACCCGACCAAUCCACUACUUUGAGCCAGACUGCAGCUUCUGCUUUGCCCUCGGAUGCUGGUUUGGGCGCAUCGAGCUUCACCGAUGUAGGAAGUGAUGUCGACUCGAGCAGAAUCACUGCAGGUAGUGCGAAUGUGACAGAAGGUGCUAGGUCUCACCGCAACGCCGCUUCCACCUCCGCAUCAGCAUCGGCAUCGGCAUCGCAAAGGCUUUCAGCAUCCAGCACAGACGCAGGAGCAGCUGAGUCCAAGAGCACAGGCACCGCUCCAAAUGUACCUCAAACGCUCAACACCUUCUUCGAUCUGAGCUGGGUGAAACGCGGCACGCCCGAGCUGCUCUACAUCAAGCGCAGCGCUCGUCAAGGUGACAAAUGGUCGGCGCACGUCGCCUUUCCUGGAGGUAGAAGGGAGGAAGGGGACGAGAAUGGGCUGUACACUGCCAUGAGGGAGACUUGGGAAGAGGUAGGCCUGGACUUGGCCGAGUCGGAAUUUCUGAGCAUCGGACAAUUGGACGAUAGGGAAAUCACAACGAGUCUGGGCAAAAGAUUAUUGAUGGUACUCAGUCCCUACGUCUUUUUGCAGACGAGUCCUUUUAGCCCCCUGCCCGAAUUGCAGGAGACGGAAGUGGCCAGCGCUCAUUGGAUAUCUCUGGACCUGCUUUACACUCCCAAACCCAAGUGGGGCCUGACGAGCGUGGAUAUAGCUUCCAGAUUGGCGCCCAAGAGCCCCGCCGUCAGAUGGGCCUUGCGAGCGUUGGUGGGAAAGAUGGAUUUCAGAUGCAUACUGCUCCCCAAUAAGCCCGUAGCCACUGCCGAGGGCGAAGAGGAAGAUUCGGCAUUUGACAAGGACCUGGCAGAGAGUCGCAAGGAAAAGGGAGACGUAGGAGAAGGCGAUGCAGGGCAGAGGCCCGAAUUGCGCCUUUGGGGCCUGACUCUCGGUAUGACCUUAGACCUGCUCGCGCACAUGUCAACGCUCCCAGCAACAGGUUUGCGCACGCACCACUCCUUUACCCCCGAAGGUCUGCCCUCCUCUCAGCACACGGAGUCAGACGAGAUGGAAGCAGUCUUGUCGCAGACCGAAACUCUGCCCAAUCUCAAUCAGCUCCUUCGAGAUCCCAGACAAUCCGCUGCUACCAUUUGGAGCGUGUUGAGGGACGAGCUGCAUUUGACUCCUCCACCUCAAGCCUCUGCGCUCGCUCCUAGCAUGACCAGCGUCUUUCCCAGGUUCAGCUAUCCCGACGUCAACUUCUGGAUCUGGGUGUUUGGUUGGAGGUAUAGAGCAGUGGUCAGGGGCUGGGAGAGGGCGUUGAGUCAGGGAAGCGAGAGGAGGGUCAAUUGGAGCGGUACGGCUCUCGGGGCAUUUUACUCCGCGGUCCGUCGAGCUCUGGUGGUCGCCAUCUUACUGCGAGCACUAGGCUUCGCAUCCGUCGCGAGCUUGUUGGGCUGGCUGAGCGCCAGGCGCGUAUCAAGACGGCGGAGAGGUCUAGACGGAUUAGGACUAGACGAGUUUUGGGGCGCGGAUUGACGAGGGUGCGGUCGAGCGAGGCAGAAAGCAAAUAGAGUCACGAGCGAUUGUAGGGCGAAUCCUGGCACAAUGGACACGGGGCAGAUCAAGUUCCUGUUCUUGCCAAGCAUCUCAUUCAUUAAAGGCCAGCUUGAUCGACAGGGAGCUCGAUGCGCGCGUGUCAGAAAUUUGCAUCACAACCCAGGGAGCACGUUCGGUAUGGUGCACUGUCUGUCCGAAUGCGCUUCGGGCCAAGCUAGUCAAGGUGCCACGCUUCAGAGAAUCACUUUG